CUGCACUUCGUUGACAGCACUGUCAGCGUCCGUGAUGGCGUGACCCAUUGCGUUUGCGCUGCCUAUUGCCAAGCACAUCGCGGACGACGCAGCCAACAACGACAACAAACCACCAAAUGCGGUGGUAGUGGCGGCGUCGACGUUGCCAUCGUACCGUGUCGAUUGGUGGGACCCUAGCCAAGACUGCAUCGUCCAAACCGACGUGGACGCAGAGCCACAUCGAGAUUGUUGGCCAAACGUUGCGCGUGGUGGUAAAGAUGAUGUUGUAUUAUUUGAGGGCUUGACGCCGUCGUGUUCCCUUAUCGAAGUUCCUCGAAGUCCUCUGAAUGCAACAGAAACAGCCCCACACAAGUCUAUCUCACGCCACAAGGGAAUGGAGGCGAUGGAAUCUCCCGCGUGUUACUGCAUUGUCCCAGUGCGAAACGCUUUGCCAUGCUCCGCCGCAUCUUCGACGCGUCCCAGGCAUCGGCGAAUUGGUCGGCUCCUACAACGGCGCUGGACGCCAUGGUGGGUGUGGCCGAAGCGAUCGUAGACACAGUCCAUCCCUCGCCUGUGAUGUCCCGCGCUAUGUCUUUCCGUGGUGGAUGCGCCGUCACCGUCGACCAAGUGCAGGCAUACCUUGGAGGGCUACACGAAAUGUACACCAACAUGAGCUUGGCCGUCAAGACCAAGCAAGAUUUGUAUCACUUUCUCCUGCACUUGGAGUCCGACUACUGUGGCAACCCCACGCCCGACAGUUUUGCCCAUCAAGUACUCAAUCAGCACGUCGUCGCAGGAAGAAUCGGCGUCACAUACCAGCUCUUUUGCAGCCAAUGCCCGACGUUGAGCUUCACGUGGUCGGCGAGACGCUGCACUGUCCGCGCUGGGAAUGCACCAUGUCGUACGAAGCGUUCAAGCUGAAAUAAAU